AUGAGGACAGGCCUUCCGGACACCGUGGGAGGCUCUAGUAACAGCAACGCAUGCGACCUGCGUAAGGCUGCUGUAAUCAGCAUGGAAUUACAUAGGCUAAAUAUAUCAAUAGCAGCCCUGCAAGAAACCAGGCUACCUGAUGAAGGUUCACUGCGUGAGGCACAAUACACCUUCUUUUGGAGGGGUAAGGGGACUGAUGCUGUUCGUGAGCACGGUGUUGGCUUCGCCGUUCGCAGCGAUCUGCUUAAAGCAAUCGAAAAGCCUCUUGGGGUCUCUGAGCGUAUCAUGAUGUUGCGAGUUAACACAAACAGCGGCUACAUUACACUUAUCUCCGCGUACGCUCCAACACUAACAUCAGCGGAUGAGGCCAAGGACCGAUUUUACGAGCAGCUCCAUGAAACUGUGCGUAGGGUAAAAUCUUCCGAUCGCUUGUACGUAUUAGGCGAUUUUAAUGCUAGAGUCGGUCAAGACCGUGUUCCGUGGCUUGAUUGUAUUGGUGAACACGGUAUUGGUAAACAAAACGAAAAUGGUCAGCGCUUGCUAGAGUUUUGUUCUAGGAACCUACUGUGCGUCACCAAUACAUACUUUAAGGGCAAACUAUCUCGCCAAGUUUCAUGGAAACACCCUCGCUCGGGUCAUUGGCAUCAGCUGGACAUGAUCCUCUCCAGAAGGAGACACCUCCGCGAGACACUCCACACCAGAACUUUUCACAGUGCAGAAUGUGACACCGAUCACUCCUUGGUAGUGGCGCGUGUUGCCUUCACUCACAAGAAAAUCCAUUCGUCCAGACCUUCUGGUAAGAAGAAACUUAAUGUUUUUAAUACCAGAAAUCACGAACUGGUCAGUAAAUUUGAGGAGUUGGUAAGAAGCGCGCAGUCAACCUGGAGUGAGAAUGCACAAGCAGAUGACACGUGGAGGAGUGUCAGAUCGUUGCUGACGGACACUGCGGGCUCAGUUUUCGGCUAUCGGGAAAUAAAAACCCAGGAUUGGUUUGCUGAAAAUGCAGAGCAUUUAAAACCUUUGGUCGACUACAAGCGCGAAGCUGCACUAAAACACCGCAUGAGACCUACACCGGAAACUCGGGAAAACCUUAAAAACGCCACGUCGACGUUGCAGCGCAAUGCACGACACUUCGCAAACGUGUACUGGACGAAUGUGUGCACAAAUAUCCAAAAGUGCGUCGACGCCGGUAACUUCAGCGGUGUUUAUUCGGGCAUCAAGCAGGUUCUAGGUCCUGUGCCUAAAAAGACAGCCCCUCUCAAAGAAGUGGAUGGCACUAUCAUAACUGAUAGCUGCCGUCAACUCAAGCGAUGGGUGGAACAUUACACCGAACUCUAUUCGAAUCCAAUUGCUAUUGACUCAAUGGCCUUAGUACAUACGCCAAAGCUAGCAACUUGGUUCGAACUAGAUGUACCACCCUCUGUAGAGGAAUUUCAUAAGGCUAUAAAGCAGCUGAAACGUGGAAAGAGUCCAGGCAAUGACGCGUUCCACAACGGAUAUGAUCUUUACACUUCGGCAAAUCCAAGAAAAAUGUAG